ACUUGGCGAGCCGCCUGUUGGAGGGGGGGAGCGGGAAGCCCGGGGAUGCGAACCCGGCUCCCCCCAUCAUGAUGAAGACGGAGCCGCGGGGGCCCGGGGGUCCCCUCCGGAGCGCCUCCCCGCACCGCAGCGCCUACGAGGCGGGCAUCCAGGCGCUGAAGCCGCCGGACGCGCCCGGGCCGGACGAGGCACCCAAGGCGGCCCACCACAAGAAAUAUGGCUCCAACGUCCACCGCAUCAAAAGUAUGUUCCUGCAGAUGGGCACCCCGGCGGGGCCGCCGGGCGAGGCGGGCGGCGGCGCGGGCCCCACCGAGGCCCUGCGGGCGCCCGAGCGCGGCGUGCGCCUGUCGCUGCCGCGGGCCAGCAGCCUCAACGAGAACGUGGACCACAGCGCCCUGCUCAAGCUGGGCACCAGCGUGUCCGAGCGCGUGAGCCGCUUCGACUCCAAGCCCGCGCCCUCGGCGCAGCCCGCGCCGCCGCCGCACGCGCCGUCGCGGCUGCAGGAGACGCGCAAGCUCUUCGAACGGAGCGUCCCGGCGGCCGCGGGCGGCGACAAGGAGGCCGCGGCGCGGCGGCUGCUGAGGCAGGAGCGCGCCGGCCUGCAGGACCGGAAGCUGGACGUCGUGGUGCGCUUCAAUGGCAGCACCGAGGCGCUGGACAAGCUGGACGCCGACGCCGUGUCGCCGACGGUCAGCCAGCUCAGCGCCGUCUUCGAGAAGGCCGACUCGAGGACCGGCCUCCACCGCGGGCCCGGGCUGCCCAGGGCCGCGGCCGCCGGGGCGCCCCAGGUCAACUCGAAGCUGGUCAGUAAGCGGUCCCGGGUGUUCCAGCCGCCGCCGCCGCCGCCCGCCCCGUCGGGGGACGCCCCAGCGGAGAAGGAGCGUGGCCCCGGAGGGCAGCAGCCCCCGCAGCACCGAGUGGCCCCCGCCCGGCCGCCCCCCAAGCCCCGGGAGGUGCGCAAGAUUAAGCCGGUGGAGGUGGAGGAGAGCGGGGAGUCGGAGGCCGAGGCCGCGCCCGGGGAGGUGAUCCAGGCGGAGGUGACGGUCCACGCGGCCCUGGAGAAUGGCAGCGCCCUGGCAACCCCAGCCAGCCCUGCGCCCGAGGAGCCCAAGGCCCAGGUGGCCCCUGAGGAGGAGGCAGCGCCCGAGAGAGGGGUGGGGAAUGGCCGGGCCCCGGACCUGGCCCCCGAGGAGGCGGAUGAGUCCAGGAAGGAGGACUUCUCGGAGGCGGACUUGGUGGACGUGAGCGCCUACAGUGGGCUUGGGGAGGACUCCGGGGGCAGCGCCCUGGAGGAGGACGACGAGGACGAAGAGGAUGGGGAGCCCCCCUACGAGCCCGAGUCGGGGUGCGUGGAGAUCCCAGGGCUCUCCGAGGAAGAGGACCCGGCCCCGAGCCGGAAGAUCCAUUUCAGCACAGCGCCCAUCCAAGUGUUCAGCACCUACUCCAAUGAGGACUAUGAUCGCCGCAAUGAGGAUGUGGACCCCAUGGCCGCCUCCGCUGAGUACGAGCUGGAGAAACGUGUGGAGAGGUUGGAGCUGUUCCCUGUGGAGCUGGAGAAGGACUCCGAGGGUCUGGGCAUCAGCAUCAUCGGCAUGGGGGCUGGAGCAGACAUGGGCCUGGAGAAGCUGGGCAUCUUUGUCAAGACGGUGACUGAGGGGGGUGCAGCCCAUCGGGACGGCAGAAUCCAGGUGAACGACCUUCUGGUGGAGGUGGAUGGAACGAGUCUGGUGGGAGUGACCCAGAGCUUCGCAGCCUCUGUGCUCCGGAACACCAAGGGCCGCGUGCGGUUUAUGAUUGGCCGGGAGCGGCCAGGCGAGCAGAGCGAGGUGGCCCAGCUAAUUCAGCAGACCCUGGAGCAGGAGCGAUGGCAGCGGGAAAUGAUGGAGCAGAGAUACGCCCAGUAUGGGGAGGAUGACGAGGAGACCGGAGAAUAUGCCACUGACGAGGAUGAGGAGCUGAGCCCCACAUUCCCAGGUGGUGAGAUGGCCAUUGAGGUGUUCGAGCUGGCGGAGAAUGAGGAUGCAUUGUCCCCUGUGGACAUGGAGCCUGAGAAGCUGGUGCAUAAGUUCAAGGAGCUCCAGAUCAAGCAUGCUGUGACCGAGGCAGAGAUACAGCAGCUGAAAAGAAAGCUGCAAGGCCUAGAGCAGGAGAAGGGGCGUUGGCGGGUGGAGAAGGCCCAGCUGGAGCAGAGUGUGGAAGAGAACAAGGAGCGCAUGGAGAAACUGGAGGGCUACUGGGGCGAGGCCCAGAGCUUGUGCCAGGCUGUGGAUGAGCACCUUCGGGAGACACAGGCCCAGUACCAGGCACUGGAGCGCAAGUACAGCAAAGCCAAGCGGCUCAUCAAAGACUACCAGCAGAAGUACGCUGCAGCCGGGGAGAUUGAGUUCCUGAAAAAGGAGACAGCCCAGCGUCGGGUUCUGGAGGAGUCAGAGCUGGCUAGGAAGGAGGAGAUGGAUAAGCUCCUGGACAAGAUCUCAGAGCUGGAAGGAAACCUGCAAACACUGAGGAACUCCAAUUCUACUUAACAGGAAUCAUUCCUGGACAGACAAUAACGAAUACCCUCCCAUUGUCCUCCCUCCCCUGUCCUCAAUACCCCACCCCACUCUCUACCAGCCUGGGGACAGGUGCCCCGACUCCCCCACCCCUCCACCCCACCUCCCCCAGCUUCAGGGACCAGUGGGCCCAUACACAGGCCCCCUUUAGGUGGCCCAGGCAGACAGAGGUGGCUGGAAGGAUGGCCUCCUCGCCCUAGGGGCUGAAGCAGAGGCAGGCCAAGGGAUGCCGAGGGCUGGCCUGGGUGGUGGAUGGACAAAAGGACCUGCAGACCAAACUGCCAGACUUUACAACCUCCAGCCUUUGUCUCUGGACUGGAAUGGGGCUGGGGGCUCUCCCAGCAUCUCACCACUUGGAGGCUGCUCCCUGCCCAUGGGGCUUCUGGGUGGCCCCUGGGCCUCUUGACUUGAGAUUCUACCUUCUUGGCCCUUCCCCUGCCCCCAUCAUUGUGCUGUCUGUUGCGUUCUCACCCUCCUGCUGGGAGGGGCUGCCUCCACACCUCCUCCCUCACCUGUCCCCGUCCCAGGAGGGAUGGAGUCCACCCCAGAGCCUAGAGGCAGGGCCUGACCCUGCACUGAUUUCUCAUGUGUCCUUGGGGAAAGGGGGAGCAAGAGCAGGAAAGGGGGAGAAUCCAGAACACUUGGUCCCCACCUCCCCCUUUCUUGGGGCAGCAGCCCUCAAGCUCUCCCUGUGCCUCCCCGUCCCCAGGUGCCAAAUAGCCAUAACCUCUUCCUGAAACUGUUCUAGGGCCUCUCUAGGGUCCAGGUCUCCUGGUCAAGCCUGGGAAUGCCAGGGGUGAAAGGAGGUCAGCUUAGGGUGCCUGGCGGCAGAGACCCUGGUCUUCAGCCAGGGGCACAUUACUUACCGGAAAGCCAGGCCCUGCCCUGCCCUGCCUGCCCAGGGCCACACCUGGAAGCCUUGUACUAACAUCGCAGAGAUUCAGCCUCACCCCACUCCACCCCUACUGUUUUCCAUUGUUUUGACUGGAGGGCAGAAUUUUACUACUAACCUUUUUGGAGACCAGGGCCGCCUUGCUGGCAGCCUGCUUUCUAAGUGAAAUCGACUCCGUUUCCCCACUUGAACCCCAAAUUGGGGCUUGGACCAAGGGAAGUGAGACCCCCAAACCCCCAGGUCUCUCCACUUUCAGAAUCCAUCUCAUUUUGCCCCCCUGCCUCAUGCCCCUGCCCCAGCCUGGGGUUUUUGUUCAUUUUUUAAAAACAGACAACCCCUGUCCCGUCCGUUUAGGCUUCUCUUCGUCCCCUGUAAAUAGACCGUGCCAUUGAUCAGUAUUUCCUGCCCUCCCCGCCCCACUCCUGCCCCCCGUCGUGCCCCACCCUAGGAAGAGCAGGCUGCCUCGGCUCGCCCGGCCCGCGCACUUCACCUCCGCCGCCCGGGCAGGCGGGGGCGGGGCCUGGGGGCGGGUCCGGACGGGGCACUUCCGGUUUCUCGGACCAAUGGCUGCCCCCGCCCCGCCCCCGCAGGACCGCGUCUCUGUAUAUAAUAUAUAUAUGUAUGUAUUGUUCCCGGUUUUGUACGGACCAUGCCCUCUGUCAGGUCGUCCCCAUAAAAGCAGCCCCCAGAGCCUCGCUGCCUGGUUUCUUGAUUCGGGGGGAGGGGCAGGGAUGCCAGCGCUGCCUCCGACACUGAGGAUCUUGUCCACUCCUGGUUUCAGCAAAAUUGCUCUCCACCACCACUGUCCCCAUCAGCACUUACGUUUUUUUAGCCAGUCCUCCUGGGAAGGACUGAGGUUUCUAGAGUGUUACUCACGCCCACUGAAUAUCUCUUUUUACAAGACCUCUGAUGGGAUCCAUGGACUGGGGUAGCUGCGGUAAGGUGAACCCAUACCUUCCCUCCCCUGAGAAGUCGUCAGAUCAGGGUACCCCGAGUCCGUACUCUGAGGGAUCUUGUGUGAGGUAAUUGAAGACUCAAAGGUUACCUGGGACUGGAAGGUGAAAUGUCAGAGCAGUUCUGUCUUCAGGGUUCUAGAGAAUACCUCUGGGGCAGCCUGAGAGGCCUUAGGUGGUCCUAGCCCUAAGCUCUGGACCAGCAGGUCUGCUUGCUAACUCACCUGCUCUAAUAGAGUGGGUCUUCUGAGUUCACAUGCUAGGAUUCAGGGACCGGCUUUGGUGAAGUGCCAGGGAUGGGUGUGAGGCCCCAGGUUGUGGCUGUCCCCAGCACCAGCCUUUCCUUUUUCUGUGUACAUAUUUGAGAACCUAAGCACAAAGCACUUGGAUUCCAUGACCUGGCCCCCAUGGGGAGACAUUCCCCUUUGGCUUAAAAAACAGAACUCC